AUGAUUGAUUAUUCCGUGAUACCAGGUACCUCGCAUUUGGUGGAGCUAAACAAGGAGAAGCUUCUCCAGUUGGAUGUCGCUGGUAAGGACAAAGAUGUUAUUCUUAUUCCCAGACCAACCACGGAUCCAAACGAUCCUUUGAAUUGGAGCCGCAAUAGGAAAUACCUACAAAUGUUCUGUAUGGUUGUUUUUUGUUUCAGCAUUGGUAUUCCUACUGCUGUUAUUUACUCGAUCCUUACCCAAAUUUCUUCCGAGACAGGUAUUAGUCUUGGAACUUUGAAUGACGGUACAGGUUAUAUGUUUUUGAUGCUUGGAAUUGCAAACCUGUGGUUUUUACCUCUAGCAUCUCAAAUUGGGAAGAGGCCAAUUUAUCUCCUUUCCUCUUUGGCAGUAUGUCUUUUAACCCUUUGGGAAGCUUAUGCGAAGACCGGGGGCUCUUGGAUUGGUGCCAAGAUUUUACAAGGAGUCUUCGCAGCUCCAGUGGAAGCAUUGUGUGAAGUUACGGUUUCGGAUAUUUGGUUUGAACAUGAACGAGGCAGGUGGAUGGGCCUUUAUGCCUUAUCCCUUUUUGGUUCGAAUUAUAUGGGUCCUAUGGUGGCAGGCUUCAUUGCAGAUGGUCAAGGAUGGGAUUGGGUCAUUUAUUGGAGUUGUAUUUUUUGUGCAAUUGCCACUGUUUUUUUGUUUUUUUUCAUGGAAGAGACGAAUUACACUCGGCCAGUUCCGAACGAAGAUGAUAGUGACAUUGAAAUAGUGCUGAGUAACGUUCGUGAUGGAACCGUCACUGCUGUUCUCUCCAAACAACUAUCUGGUCGCCAGCAGGAGAAAAACCUUGCUAAUGCAAACAUUGAAAUAGUUCGUGAAAAUCUCGAACUUGAUAGCUCGAUUCCCUUGACUACCUACCGUGAAAAGUUGCGUCUAUACAAGAGUAGAGACUGGAGAUGGUUCAAGACCUUUUUAAUUGGCCCUCUCAAAAUGGCACAAUUUCCAGUUGUUCUAUACAGUGGGUUCUUGUAUGGAGCUUCUCUUUUUUGGUAUUCGGUUAUGAAUGGUACCAUCUCUUCAGUUUUCACGGCAAGCCCUUACAACUUUUCAAAUGCAAUGACAGGCCUUGUUUACGUAUCUCCGUUGAUCUUCGCAAUUCUUAUGAAUUUCUACGCGGGUUAUGCCUCGGAUUGGUUGAAAUUAAAACUGGCUGAAAGACGCGGGGGUACUUCUUAUGCAGAGGAUAGGCUGUGGCUCUUGAUUCUGUACAUGAUAUUGGGUCCUGCAGCUCUCUUCCUGUACGGCAUCGGUGCUUAUUAUGGGAUCCACUGGUUUGGGCUUGUCAUCGGUGCCGGCGUCACUGGGGGUUGUAUUAUCCUUGGAGCGGCUUCUGCGUGCACCUAUACAGUUGACACUUAUAGGGAAAUGAGCUGUGAAGCAAUGGUGAUCGUUGUCUUGAUCCGCAAUACCAUGAAUUUUGCGAUGGACUAUGGUAUCACCCCGUGGAUUUCGAAUACGGGUUUGAAGAAGACUUUUCUUGCUGGUGGGUUCAUCUGCUUUUUCUGUGCUGGAACAUUCCUGAUCAUGGAAUUGACAGGUCCUUAUUGGAGAAGGAAGACCAAAGACAGAUACUGGAAAAUCAUAGAAGGAAGAAGAGCAAAGGGUAUCUGCCAUUAG